CACAAACUUUUUCAUGUAAGGUCGUACCGGGCCUAAUUUUCCCAUCUUGUCCUGGAUCAACCCAAACAAUCACGAAUCACCCUUACGGAGUACAUGUCAAAUUACCUAUCUAAUCAAUAAAGUGAAGAAAAAAGAAACCAUUUCCAAAUUCCUGCUUUGAACCCAAAUUUUGAGAGACACAGUAAUCGUCGGCGCUUCAAACCCUUGAAUCAUCGUACUCGGUCGGUUCAUACUUACCAUCAUCACAUCGUUAGCUACAAUCCAUUAAUCUGGAGCUCGUUUAUCAAGUUGAAGAGAGAUUGUGAUGCUCUGGUUCAUAUUAGCUGCUGACUUUGUGGGUACCAUUGCUUGAUUGGCAUCAUUUUCCAUGUCCAAGAUUAUGGAUUUAAAUGGUAUGAGUAACGAGACCUCUGACCGAAGGAUUUACGUCGGUAACAUUGAUCAUAGAAUUUCUGAGGCUACUCUGCUCAAGAUGUUUUCUCCAUUUGGGAAGAUUGAAUCUGAGGACUUCUUGUUGCACACCCGGGGACCAAAACGAGGAGAACCACGUGGCUUUGCUUUUGUCCAGUAUAGCACGAAAGAGGAAGCUAGACUAGCCAAGGAGAAGAUGCAUGGGAGGUUGGCUUGUGGACGCCCUUUGGUUGUACGCCUUGCUAACGAGAAAUCUGCUGCUGAAACGGUGGAAAGUUCAUCUAAGGUUGCUGGAGUUGUGAGCAGAUCAAUCCAUUCAGGCAAUUCUUCUGGACAAAUGAGUCGAAGUGCAAAAAUUGCCGCAAUAAAGAAUAAGUUGAAGGUGCUGGAAGAUGAUGGCAGUAGAGCAAAGAAGCAGAAGCAGGUUGAGCACUAUUCAUCCUAGCUCUUUAACAAUGGUUUCUCAUCUGUAACGUGGCGUAAUGAUUCAUGAGUGAAAGCGAUACUAGCACAUUUACACCUGUGUGCUCUGUUGGUUACUGUAACAGCCUGACUGUUUCUGCACCUUGCUGAUUCUCUGUAAAUUAGGAGUAAGUUAUAGAAAUUAUUUUGGUAGAUUAUUACUUGCAUUUGAUUGUCGAGCAAAUAAAUUAUGCAUCAUAUAGUUGUCAGAGGGAAGGGAUUUUUUAAUGUUAGAAAUCAGCUUUCAUGAAAGUUGCUACAGAUAUGAAAUUUUGAAGCUUCCAAAUGAUCAUUACUCCU